UUUAAUGUUAAAAUCAUAAUACUUAACUUUGUCAAAUAGUUAUGAAAACAAUUUAAAUUUUCUGUGAUACGAUUUCCUAAUGCGAGGUUUUCUGUUCUGUUGUAUGUUGAGUACACUUCAAGAUAAUUUUUUUUUCCGAUUCUUUAAAUGUCCAAUCAUAAAACUUGCAGCAAUUUAAGAGCAAUGGAGCAAAAUGCAGCAUCGCGACGAAAACCUGGAGAAAAUGAAGCUAUCAAUUUGUUAGUAACUGAAAAGGCAAUUAAUCAAGAAAAAUGCAGCAGUGCACUUGAAAAGCUUUCUCAUCCAACAAAUAUAUUUUGGAAUAUGACACUUCAUCAGAAACAAAUUCAAAAGCAAGUAUCGAUGCAAGGAGUACAGAUUAAUGGAAACAUAACAACAGAAACUUCGAGAGCAAGGUCAUGCGCCAAACCUGUAGAAAAUGAAGAUCCCAUUUGUACCAUCAAUGAAAGAGUCUUUACCAGUGACGAGAAAGAUUUACGACAGAAAUUUCCCGAUCAGAAAUCUGUACUUUGGAACUUGCACUUAGAAAGGAAAGCGCUUUUGCAGACGAUGGAUUACGAUUUGGAAGAUUUAGUAAUGAAAUGUCUUGGCCUGAAACGGGAACUUAAUGCGCUUGAAGAUAGCAACCGAGAGUUAAAGAAAGAAGCAAGAUCUAUAAGAGCAAAAUAUGAGGCUAUGUUAGAGAAAAACAAGAGAGACAGCAACAUAAUCCUCGCUCUUCAGAAUUCUGAGCAAAAGCUGAAACAAGCUGUAAAGGAAAAGUUACAUCUUGGACAUGUUAUGGAUAAUUCUCAUCAGCGGAAGAUGCAGCUAUGCGUAGAAAACCGGAGACUGGAAAACGAAAGGAACCGGCUAGUACGCAGAUCACAAGCUGAUAAUAAUCGCAUAGUCAAAAUUCUUGAAAGACACAAAAAAAUUCAUCAUUUAAUUGAAGAGCAGGCGAAGCUCGGAGAUACUUGCAGCAAACGCUAUGAAGGAGAGGUUAACGAAAUAACGGCAAGUCUGAAAUCUCUUGGAUAUCUUUUAGAAAAUCUGAAGGCAAUCAUUCAGGAUCGAGAUUCCGUUACUGAAUGUUUGACAGAAUGCAUGACUAAUGGUUUGAAGGCUUUAUUACCUACAGAUAUAGGAAAAGCUGACAAAGUUGAAGAGGAUGAAGGUAAACAAAUCCCGAGGAGAAAAUCGGACGAACAGAUUUCUGAUAUUUCUAGCACCACAAAAGAUGAAGAUGGAAGUGAAAAAGCUUCUGCUGAUGAAGAAAUUAAACUGAAGUGGGAACUAAAUAGAACUGUCUUUGAUGCUGUUCAGAAAGAGAAUGAUUUUCUGUCUCGAAUCUAUUCAAUUUUCAAUACAAGAAUGUAUGAACUUACUGAAGGGGUAAUGAAAAUGAAAGAACUUGUGCAACAAGAGAAAGCGAAGAAGGAAAAAUACUUGAUUAAGAAGAAGGAGCUGGAAAACUUACUUCCUCAAAAGCGCAAGUCAUAUAAGAUACCACCCAGAGAUCCUAUAGAAAAAUGUAAAAUAAGGAUCAGUAUUCAAAAGGAAACGAAUGAACAAUUGAAGAUCUUGUUACUUAAAUUUUCACAUAGAAAUUCGGAAGACUUUCAGUUGUAUAAAGAAUUUGGAGAGCAAAUAAAAAACAUUUAUAUUACUACUCUUCAGCGCCACUCCUCUUCUAAGGAAAUGCUUCAACAGGAGGAAGUAAAAUCCUCUCAGAAUAAUGAAACUGGGGGUAUAUCAGCCUGACUUCAUAUAUUUGUAUGUUAAUGUUUUGGAUAUUGUGAAUUGUUUAAAUUUACUGUGAAACUGUUUUUAGUUCAGUUAAAGAUUUGCAUUUUAUUUAUCUAUCUCAAAUUCAUUUACAUUUCUUUUCAGUUUCGGCUGCAUUUACAGCAGAUAUUAGAACGUUUUCCUGCCACUGCGCUAUGCAUUAUGAUCAAACAAUUAGUUAUGCUUGUUUUUUAAACUUUUGUAAUUUUUUAACCUUCUAAUUUACUUACCUAAAGACAUUAAUAAAGAUUCCUUAAAAAGGCAUUUAAAGAAAACAUUGAACUCUUUAACAUUUUGAACAUCAGAACAAGUUGAAUAUCACACAAAAGUUUAAUUAUCCUCCGUAAAUAAAUGGGAAAAGAGGGAUAAAUAACACACACAAGAAUUUUGUUAGCAGUUUUUAUUUCCCAUUUUAAACUUUAUAAAUGCAAACAUUUGAUUAAUAUAUCAAUUUCGUGUUUGUUACCACUCCGUCGUUUAAAAUCACAGACUAGAUUCGACGGUAUUCCCUAUGAAGCAUUUGGAAACAACUUCACAUUAUUCCUCUUAACCACAGUUUUUGCACAUACAAUUUCACACUGAUUCAUUUGAUAGAGAAAAAGAAGUUUCAGGUAUUCAAAGAAAAAUUUAAUUUUUUAUUGAAUCAGAUCAGAAGGUGCAUAUUAAUUUUAGAUAAAAG